AUGUCAGCCUUUUCAAGUCACUUCAUUGUCCCUUCUGCCGCUUUGGGUUCAAUCAGCUUCUCUGGGGAGAAGCCUCUUGGCGAGGGCAGGCUUUGGCAACCCCGCCGACUCAACAUCCGCUCAAAGGCAGAACAUCUCGACAAAACCUUCGAGAUGCUACGAUUUAUCUUCACAUGGCUGGUCUUCAUCGUACUGCUGGCUCAGGGAGCUGUUGCGCUCGAAACACAGUGGGGCUGCCAGGCUCUCUCGAGCGAUGCCUUUGGAGGCUACUUCGAGGGUGCCGUGUGGCAGGAUCUUCGGCUCCUGCUGUCCUUCGUAAUGGGCAUCGCCUGUGUUCACACUGGUGAGGUGCUGAUCAAAAACGGCGGCCCCAACGCUGCUUGGCUGGGAUCACAUCAUUGA